CAGAGGGAAGCAGAUCAGGUCUGUAGGCAGGGGGCUCUGAGGGGAGCGUAUGAGGAGUCAGAGAGCAGAGGAGACCCCUGACCUGUCCUGACAACGCAGAGCUUCCCCGGCAACACACCCGGGCCACACAAGGAGACGGACAAGGAGCACCCACUCCUUUCGCAGGCAUGAGGUCCUUCCGUUCGUUCGGUAAUGAUGACCGUCACGUCAUGGCCAAACACUCCACCAUCUACCCAUCGUCGUCUGAACUGGAGGCGGUCCAGACCCUGGUGUCCACCGUGGAGGGUGCCCUCAAACACGUCUCUGAUUGGAUAGACCAGAGCAAUGUCCAAUCGGUGCAGAGUAACAGCCAGGCAGACGCAGCAGCCGGCCAGACCGACGGCCAGCCGAACCCCACAGACAGCACGACGACAGAGGACGGUAGUGCUGACCAUGACGACGACCCCGACGUUAGUCCCAGCGCCAGCCCAGAUGACUGCACAGACAGCAGCAGCAGGGAGCCUGGUGGAGGUGUGCUGUGUGGGGUGAUGAGGAUCGGCCUGGUGGCUAAAGGGCUGCUCAUCAAAGAGGACAUGAACCUGGAGCUGGUGCUGAUGUGUCGAGAGAAACCCACAGAUGCACUGCUGUGCACUGUCUGUGAUAACCUGCCCCUGCAGAUACAAAAGUUAACCGAAGAGAAGUACGAGGUGCAGCGCUGUGUGCCAGAGGCAGCCAUCUUGGUGUGUAGUACGACAGAGCCAAAACUCACCCUGAAGGUCACCCUCACCUCCCCGCAGAUGAGAGAGGACAGCGACACGGACGAACAAGUGGAGGGUGUUGAGCUGUCAGACCCUGCAGACAUGCUGGACAGGCACAGAUGCCUGGUUGCCCUGGCGGCUCUGCGACAUGCCAAAUGGUUCCAGGCCAGAGUAAACGGGUUGAAGUCGUGUGUCAUCAUCCUCAGGAUCCUGAGAGACAUGUGCAAUAGACUACCAGCCUGGGAGCCGCUGAAAGGAUGGCCCCUGGAGCUGAUCUGUGAGAAGGCCAUAGCCACGUGUAACCGGCCGCUGGGUGCAGGGGAGGCCCUCCGUAGGGUCAUGGAGUGUCUCGCCUCAGGAAUCCUCCUUCCAGGAGGACCAGGGUUACACGACCCAUGUGAGAAGGAGCUGACCAACACCCUAACGGCCAUGACAGACGAGGAGGCAGAGGCCAUCACAUACAGCGCACAGCACGCUCUGAGACUGAUGGCGUUCGGUCACAUCUACAAGGUGCUGGAGAUGGACCCUCUCCCCUCUAGUAAACCCUCCCAGAAGUACCCCUGGUCAGACAAGGAGGGCUCGGGGCUGAAGAGGCCCUACGAGGACGGGCCCACGGACGACAAAGACCUCAUCAAGAAGAUGAAGAGGAACCUGAGGAAAGUGCUCGACAGCAAAGCGAUAGACACCAACCAACCAAUGAAUGCUCUGAUGCGUCUGAAUCAGAUACGUCCAGGUCUGCAGUACAAGCUGCUGUCCCAGUCCGGCCCGGUCCACGCUCCUGUCUUCACCAUGUCUGUCGACCUAGACAGCACCGUCUACGAAGCCUCAGGCUCCUCCAAGAAGACCGCCAAGCUGCAUGUCGCUGUCAAGGUUCUGCAGGCGAUGGGUUACCCCACAGGCUUCGACGCGGACCUGGACUGCAGUGCAGACGAGAAGUCGGACGGAGAGGGAAAGAGCGAGUCAUCUACACACUCGAGCAAUAACACGGCACACUCAGACAACUCAAAUACACUGGAGGUCCGAACUCAGGGUCCUAUUCUGACCGCCAGCGGUAAGAACCCCGUCAUGGAGCUGAACGAGAAGCGCAGGGGUCUGAAGUACGAGCUCAUAUCGGAGAGCGGGGGCAGCCACGACAAACGCUUCGUCAUGGAGGUGGAGGUGGAUGGUCAGAAGUUCCGCGGGGCGGGGCCUAAUAAGAAGGUGGCGAAGGCUUCGGCUGCGUUGGCCGCUCUCGAGAAACUCUUCUCUGGCCCCAACGCCGCCGCCAACAGCAAGAAGAAGAAGAUCAUCCCACAACAUGCCACUAAAGGAGCACUAGCUGCAGCAGCGGCAGCCUCGGCAGUAGCAGCCCAGGUGGCCAGAGGGAGAGGUAGAGCGGCAGCCCUGACCAGAGGAGCCUUCAUCAGCGCUGCCGCACCAGGAUACACACAGAUACCAGGCUUCGGGACUCCAUAUGGAUACAGUGCUGCAGCCGCCCCAGCCUACGGUUUCUCCCCCAAGAGAAUGCUUCUGUUGCCUGUCAUGAAAAUGCCUGCCUACCAUAUCCCCCAUUACUCCUUCUUUUAGCACAGGGACACCAAAACACCCCACCGUAUUUUUUUAGAAGGGAAUCUGAGUCUUUUUGUUUUUUUUCAACAUAUCGAGGGGGGGAACUGAACUAAAGGACUUCAGCAUGAUUUGUAAAAGGAGUGAAUAUUUCUUUUUUUUACUGUUUCCAACUUUUACUGAUUAAAAAAACCUGCAGGUUUAAGUUCUUAAAAGAAAGGAAAAACUUGAAGGAUUUGUACUGUGAAUUGUUACAUCAUUCUUUUGAGUCUAAAUUACAGUACAGUGCUUUCGGAAAGUAUUCAGACCCCUUGACUUUUCCCGCACUUUGUGACGUUACAGCCUUAUUCUAAAAUUGAUUAAAUAUUUUUUUCCUCUCAUCUAUCUACACACAAUACAAAGCGAAAACAGGCUAGUAAUUGCUUUUGCAAAUUUUUUACAAAAAUAAAACAGAAAUACCUUAUUUACAUAAGUAUUCAGACCCUUUGCUAUGAGACUCGAAAUUGAGCUCAGGUGCAUC